UCAGAUCCACCUACACUCUGGUACCGACAUUCCCAAACCCACAUUCCGAGCCGAGUGCAGGUGACCACUGCCAGAUUGCCCUUCGACUCAUUCUUAUUUUGUCGACCUCCUCGAACAAUGUAUCCUGCACUCUCACCAACCGAGAAGACGCCCGUGAUGGCGGUGCCGGUGGCCGCACCCGCACCGACGCCGGCCACCGUGCCCAUGUAUGGCGGGUACCAAGCUGCGCCGCCGCAGUACUAUGCCGUGCCACCGCCGCCGUGCGACCACGAGGACAAUGACAAUGUCUUUUGGUAUGCGCUCACCAGUCCACUGCGCCUCUUGACGUUCCAGCUCGUCUUCUUCCACCUGUUCAACUUUGUCUUGGCGCUGCUGGCCUUUGUGCUCGUCAUUUCGGUCGGGUCGCUCGGCGUCGGCCUCAUUCCGCUCUGCUGCCUCGGCUUGCUCGUGCUGCAGUUCCUUUUGCAUCUCGUCCGCGUCUUUGCCGAGUGCGACGUGUACCUCUACAACUGCGUGGCGCCAACAAAAGACCAGAUCACAGUCAACUUUCAGGUGCCGCGCCGCGGACUCUACCACCGCAGCGGGUACCGCCUCUCGCCGUCGCUCUCGACGCUCUCGGCCGAGUCGAUCCUCGCCGUCUUUUACUUUGUCGCCAUCAAGCUCCCGCUCGCGCUCAUGUUUAGCUUGACGCCGCUGAUUUUGCUAGCGACGUCGAUCGCGUGCAUGGCCUUUCCGCUCUACUGGGACGACUCGUAUGCCAACAACCAGCCAAUGACGUUGACGUACACGCGUCACCACCGCGUCCACACGCUGCACGCGAGCGUCGCUGGCAUUCCGGUGGACGAGGCGCACAAGGUGCAGAUCGCGCUCUUCGGCGUCGGGUUUCUCUACUUUAGCGUGCUCUGCCUCCACGGCUUUGGCGCGAUCCUCCGGGGCACGACCAAGUUUUUCACGAGCGAGUUCUUUUCCACGACGGGCGUCGUCGUCCAAACGCAGCAGCCAACGUACUUUUACGCACCGAGCGCGCCCAUGUAUGCCCCGGUGUACGACGACCUGCCGUCGUCGGUGCAAGCGCCGUUGAUGGUCGAGGUGCCCGACAACCGUCGCCGCCGCCAAGGCACCUUUGCGCGCUACUGCACCAAGCUCGGCAACAUGCUUUUGCUCGUGCUCCUGAGCCUCGUGAGCAUGUCCUUCUCGAUCGGUCUCUUCGUCGUCAUCAUUGUCGGCGUCAGCUGCGGCAUCGGGUUCCUCCCGCUCGCCUGCGUUGGCCUCGUGGUUCUCAACUGCCUCAUGGCGUGCGUCAAGCCACUCGCAACCCUGGACGAAGCUCUCUUUCGCCAGCGCCAGCAGCUCUACCAAGCGAUCGUCAGUAACUAAGUUUAAUCGCUUGUAGGAUUUAUGCAACAUUCCACUAUGAAUUGUCGAUUCCUCGCGCAAAAAAGGAUAAAAGCACCGUGCCCCAACCAUCCGCAACGAACCAAGAGCUCUCGAGCGGUGCGUCGUCGCAUGGCAGAGAGACUUCCGGACCGUGUUCUCAAGGAGGAUUUAAAUCCAGUGAUAAAUCGUUUCCGCUGCA